AUGACAGGGAGUGUUCAGGCAUUGUAUGACUUCAGUGGUGAGCCAGGAUCAGCCGAGUUGACUAUUGUCGCAGGAGAGUUCCUCACGGUGACCAGGCAGGAUGUAGGCGAAGGAUGGUGGGAGGGAGUCAACGAUAAGGGCCAAACUGGACUCUUCCCUGCCGCAUAUGUAGAGGAAGUGAAGUCAAGUAACCCUCCAGCUAUGCCUCCUCCUCCACUGCCCGAGUCUUUUGCAGACAAUGAGUGGAACAACCAGCCCACUAAUGACAAUCAAAACUAUGAGGUGAUGGACUAUUGGGAUGACGAGUGGGAUGAUGACUCGGAGGGUGGUGGGGGACCCCCUCCAUUACCAAUGCCCCCCAUCAUCCCUGUCAAGUCAUCCAGUAUCGGAGAUGACAUGUCGUUAGGAAGAAGUGAUAGCAAAUCCACAAUGCCAAAAAAGAGUCUCAACAGAUUUUCUAUGUUUGUCAAAUCCGGAGGGGAGAAUUAUAUCAUGGGAACUCUGAAACUGAACGUUUCGGACGCGGACAAAGUCUACAUCGUGGAGAACGAUCAGGGGGGUGUGAUGUGGAACCCCCUGACACAGCCGUAUGUUGUAGCAGUCGCUUCGCAUAAAAAAGAAAGCAAAUUCAGAGGACUUAAGAGUUUCAUAGCUUACCAGCUAACACCUACCUUCAACAAUAUCCAAGUGUCCAGAAGAUACAAGCACUUUGACUGGUUACACGAGAGGUUAGAAGAGAAGUUCAGUUUGAUUCCCAUCCCACCACUGCCCGAGAAGCAGAUAUCAGGUCGAUACGAGAGACAGUUAAUCGAGCGCCGCAUGAACCAGCUGCAGGCGUUUGUUGACUUUGUAUGUCGACAUCCGGUUCUGUCCCAGUGUUCUGUGUGGGAACACUUUCUCACGUGUACGGACGAGAAAAAGUGGAAACCAGGCAAGAGGAAAGCCGAGAAGGACGAACUCGUUGGAGCCAACUACUUCUUGACAUUACAAGCCCCGGAUAAAGCCAUCAACAUCUACAACUUGGAGCAGGAGACAGAGAGCUGCUCCAGGUUUGUGCACAGCAUGGAUAUCGCAGUUAAGGUUCUGAUGGCUUGCUCACAAGAUCAGACCAAGAAACAUCAAGGCCUCUAUAAACGGGAGUACGAGAAAAUUGGGCUUUCAUUCUGUAAUCUCGCUCAAGCCUUUGGUUUGGAAGAAGCGUCAGGGUCAGACAACUCUGGGUUGUCCGAAUCUAUACGUUAUGUGGGAGACACUUACAACGAUAUCGGCAAACUUUUUGAUGAGCAACCCAAGCAUGAUUGGGGGCCCCUAGGUGACAUUCUGCACAUUUACAAGGGAAUUCUUGCAGCAUUCCCUGACAUUCUGACAGUCCAUAAGGACACCAUGGCGAAACGCAAGGACUGUGAGAGGCUAACGUUGGAUCACAAAAUGGAGACCAGUCAGCUACAGCAGGUGAUACAGCGUACAGACGUCGUGUCUUACGCUUUACUCGCCGAGAUCAACCACUUCCACGCAGAGAGAACCACCCAGAUUAGGAAAGCCAUGAAAAGCUUCCUGUGUGAACAGGUGGCUUUUUACCAAAAAAUUGCGGCAAAACUGCAGGACGCUUACUCACUGUUCGAAGACCAAUGAAAAAGCCUUUAUAUUGCCUUGUAACAAUAUUCCAUUUGUAAAAUGUAUUUAAGUAUAUAUAUGUAUAAGAUAUAUUUAUUUAUGUAUUGAAAAACUACCAUCAAGUGAUAAAUAAUGUACUAUGAACCUAAUAUACAAGUAUAACUGUACAUAUUGUAAAAUAUAAUUGAAUCAUAAAAAUCACAGCAUGUCAAUGCCAACUAUGAAAUAUAGUUUUGUAUCAGUUUACAACUCUUAGUCUAUUAAUCUUGCUAGUGUUUUACAUAAUAAUGUAUUUUAUGUAAUUUCCUAUAUAUUUGUAUUUUUUUUAAAUAAGUGUUGAAUACUUGUUAACUCCAUAUAAUACAUUAUUAUUCUGACGCUUGUUACCUUAAUUACUAAUUAUAUUUCAAUCUAUUCUACAUUUCCUGUUUGUUUAUGUCGUAAAUUAUCUAUGUGUAUUUCAUCAACAUAAUAUUUUUAUAUAUUACUUUGCUAUAUAUUGUAUAAUCUUUAUUUUUUUUAAAUAUUGUUGUAUUUUUGAAUCGGAAUGGUGCCUACAAACUAGUAGAAAAUUAAGAUAUUACUAAGAAAAUAAUGAAGUGAAUAGAAUAAAAAGAAAACUUGCAAAGUAUAAGUAACUAUCGUAGAAUUUGCACAUAAUUUUAAUUAUUUGGUACAAGAAUUAUUAGCUAAAAUCAUUGGUUAUUUUCCACUUGUGACUUGACCUAAAAUUUAAUGCAAAGAAAUUAUGAAAUUUUAAGAACCUGACGCUUUUGUACAAUAUUUUUAAUCACUCAGUUCUUAUUUACCGGUUUUAUUGACUAAUGUAAGAGUUUUCAAAUGUAGGUUUUGGAAGAAAUUACAAUACUUGUAGACUGUAGAGCAAAGUAUAGAAGAGGGCUUGCUGUUGUCUUAUUCACAUUUUUAUUCACUGGUAGUUUAUUCUGUUAUGUAUGUUCUUUUUUUCUAUUUAAACUGAAGAGUACAAAAACUAAGAAACGUGACUAGUGUUCAACAAAAGGUCUUGAAAUGCCUAUGCAGCUGUACAAGUUUACUAAUUUUCUUCGUAUAUUUGUUAGUAUUGUUGUUAUGUGUACUGUUAAUAUUUUGAGAUCAUUUUAAGGAAUUUCUGUGGGUAUUUUUAUUGUUUUGCCUUGUUCAGGAUCAAUGAUUUAUUAUUUAUGUCUGUGGUAACAUUUUCUGUAUAUUUUGAUUAAUUUGUACAAAGACAGAUAAUAUUAGAUAUACUUUGUAAGUAAUUGUUACAUUAGUUUCUAGGAAUAUUAUCCUUGUUUGUGUUUUAGCUCGAGAGUGUGUGCAGGAUGUGGGAGUUCAAGAACGCACGUUUCUCACUGACGUACUGAGGCUCGAUCGGACCUUUUUUUUGAGUCAAGGCUCACAUCCACUGUCACACACGUACACGUAUCUGGUCUCAGUACGACGUGUUUACUCGUGCUUCCACUUUUUGUACACGUCGAUACAAAAUGAUAUGUUUUAGGCUUGGGUUGGACUGGUCUGUUUAUUGGACCGGAUUAUACCCUGAAAAUAGGAAAACAAAAUAUUCUGUAUAUUUAGUUGGUUUUAUGUAUAUUUUGCAUGCAAGAAUACGUUGUAAAUUAAGGUUAAGAGCAUUUAAUGUAAUACCUUAUUUUUAUAUAUAUAUUUGAUUCCAGUGGAAUUUUGGUAAAAAAAAAAAAAAACAGAAAGUAAUAUUACCGUAGGUUCGGAUUAGUCUUUUCAUAAAAAAUGUGAUUUAUGCUAGUAGUUAUGUGUUUCAUAAGAAGUAACAUUUACAUUUGGUCUUUAAAUACAAGAAAUGUACUUUUUUCAAGGUUUUGUUUGAGACGCAAGAAUAUAGCAUUUACUCACUAGCAAAACAAAUGUUAAGCGAUUGUAAUAAUCGAAACUGUUUAUAUUUUUUGUAUUCUAGAGCAGUAUAAUUAAUCUUUUCAAGGAUAUGGUUAUUGCAGUGAACACUGUUCUUACAUAUCAUAUCCGCGUAUAGUAGAUAUUGGAAAGCCCGUUGUUGAGAAACCCAGAUCCCUCAUUUAUUUAAAUGAAAUAAAGUUAUUGCUGUUUAUACAAAUUUGAUGAACGUAAAAUGACGUUUGAGUAGUAUUUUGAUCUUCCGAUCAUAAAUCAGUUUGGUUAUUUAACAUAUAUGUGACAGAAACGGUAAAAUAAAAAAUAAUAUUGAUUGUGAUUUGUUCAUCCGGUGGACCCACUCCUCCAUUCUUUUAAAUGUUGACACACUUAAGGUUUGUAAAAAAAUUACAAAAUUUUUGAACAUUUUGAUAACCACUUACAGUCCAAAAAAAAGUUUUAGAUUCAAAAUCUUUAUCGUAAACAAUGUGGUCGGACAAACUGAAACUUUUUAAUCAACAGUUGUAAUGAUAAUAUGUAGUCAAUAAAUACACGGAAGCCUUAAACACUUAAGUCCCCAUUGUACUGUUAUUGUCACUUAAAACAGUUAUUGUCCAAGUGUUAUUUUUAUUGAAAGUGUUCAUUGUAAUUCCAUAAAAUGAUACGUUAUUGUUUUGUAAACCAAACGCUUUGUCAGACAAAGUAUAAUUCCUUUUAAAUUGUUUUAAAAUAAUUAAAUAUCUUUGUGAAACAUUAAUCAACGGAUGUAAACGUUGUGUUGAUGGGGAGGGGGGGGGGUUGCUGGAUUAAUGCCUGUUUGGGAUCUGCAGUGUGUUAGCAAAUUUGGUUCAGAUGGUAUUCAAAGAAGCAUAUUGACAAUCUUUAGUGUGUUACAGUGUUUGCUACAGAAAAUCUAUAAAAUGUUGUAAACAUUAAUAAGGAGCCUAUUUAAAAAUCAUUUUUAAAGCUAUACAGGGUUAGUUCAUCAAAGCUGGGUGAGAAACAGGGCAACUAAUGAGUAAACAUAACAAAAAUAACACUUUGGCACCAUUUUUAUCAGUUAGUUAAUCGAGUUACAGCGGUGUGCAUUCUGACUGGCAGUUGUACAUAAAUAAGAGUUAUGAUUUCAUAAUUAGGAACAAAAUGUAUUGUAUACUACGAGUAAGUACUCUGAAUGAAAUGGAAAAUAAAACGCCACGGUUGAAUUUGCAGUAGCUCAAGAAUGUUCUGUAUGUAGAUAAAAUAAAUUAGAAAUGAAUGAAGAAUAAGUAACUGAUAAAGUACAAUUUGCAAGUCUUAUUCCCUCGGAAUGGUACAAUUGUGGGUCUGCUGUAAUGUUCAGUGGUCGACUUGAAGCCUUGACUCCAAUACUUUUUAAAUUUUCGCCGCGAUUUCUUUUCUUUAGGUGAUCUUGGAGGGCCUUGGGAUCACUAUGCAUCUAUUGGAAGAUUAUCUCAUGGCAGGUUUCUGCAGGAGGACUAGCGCUGUAUCUUCCUUAUUUCGCUUUCGAACCUCCUUGUGGUUAUUUGGACCUCCAAGGCCUUCUGCUGUUUACGGUUACGGCUUCAUUCCAUGAGAAGUCAUUUUAGUCACCAUUUUUAAAGAGGUCGGGGAAUGACUUGGCCUACACAGAAUCACCCUAAGCUGUAAUACUUAUGUUCUUCUUUAACUUUAAGUUGUUUCCUUCAAUCUUCUUCUUUAAUUUUUUCUCUAAUUGUGAUAUCACAGUUUUUUGCUUUUAUUCUAGAUAAAACCCCAGUUUUCUCACACGUUUCCAUACACUUCUUACAAACCUAGAAAAAUACACAGUAGCAAUGUUGAGUACAGAGCCGCAACGUUACUCCUAUACGCUAUAGUCUCUUUUCUUUUUGCUUUUUUCUUUUGAGGCGUAAAGGAGAGGUGCUCUGAAGGUGGACGUGGAGUGGAAUCAGCCUCAUGGCAGAGGAGUUGCUCUGCUAUGUGGAUCAACAUCCGUGGAAUACGUCUCGUAAUUCUCUGCAGCCAAAUUUACGCCAAGUAGCACACUGAGGACAGUUAUCAUUCUGGGGUCAUUGAAUCUGUCACUCAGUGCGUUCAGAAUUGUCUGUAAUGAAUCAGCCUCAUGGCAGAGGAGUUGCUCUGCUAUGUGGAUCAACAUCCGUGGAAUACAUCUCGUAAUUCUCUGCAGCCAAAUUUACGCCAAGUAGCACACUGAGGACAGUUAUCAUUCUGGGGUCAUUGAAUCUGUCACUCAGUGCGUUCAGAAUUGUCUGUAAUGAAUCAGCCUCAUGGCAGAGGAGUUGCUCUGCUAUGUGGAUCAACAUCCGUGGAAUACAUCUCGUAAUUCUCUGCAGCCAAAUUUACGCCAAGUAGCACACUGAGGACAGUUAUCAUUCUGGGGUCAUUGAAUCUGUCACUCAGUGCAUUCAGAAUUGUCUGUAAUGAAUCACCCGAAUGUUUCAAACAUUCUGGAUCGGUCAGCAGGGCUAAUUAUUGCCCUCAGAUUGUCUUUUAGCUCAAUGAAAUCGAGCUUUUAAAAGCUGUAAUCAGUCCAUCGUAAGAGCUUCAACUUCUACUAGUCUCUCCUUCAUCGAAUUGCUCUUGGAAUUUCAUUUCAGUGUAUUUUUGUAAGCUUUCACAUACAUUUCUUGAUCUGUAACCUCCCAGUCGUGUUUCAGCUGGAUAGUUUUUUCUGUCUUUUACCGCUUUAUUGUGGGAACCGGCUUUAGUUUGGAUUCUAACCUCAAAAGCAGAUCGGUACAGCAGAAGUGUUUUGGACCCAUAUAACCCAGAGGUUUCUGAAUUAAAACCCUGCUCGACCACCUUACCGUAGAGGUUUACCUUUUAUGAGACGUUUUUCAGAUUUUAAUAAUUGAAAACAUGCCGAAUAUCUGACUGUACAUUUUUCCCUGUCACACCCGACUUCGAUUAACCGAUCCUGUAUAUCUUGAUAACCACUAUAAACGAGGUUCUUCGAUUAGUAUUUAUAACAUUUAAUGGAUUUAAUUUAAAAAGCAAAUAUCAGAUACCUGCAAGUGUACGGCACUCCCGGGCGGUAACAACUACUUUAAAAUAAUUUUACAGUUAAAGCCUUAUACUCUGCGCUGUAAAUAUUGAUCUUGCACCAAGAACCAAGAAAUGUAUCUUCGUAUUGAACUGAACCGCACGGGCUUUAGUUUUGCGUACUUAUACAUAAUUUUUAGUGAAACAUUUGAAUAUCCAUGACGGUUCAUAUUUCCCCGCUCUGUAAUCGGCUACACUGUCAACAGUACUAAUAAAAGUGGUUGUGUGCAUAAUGUAUAAAAUCUGUACUCAACUUUCAUACUCAAAUAAGGUACAAAGAAAGGGCAGUGAACCAUUCAGACCUAGUCAUUAGAUUUAUCUCGGAUAAUACGUUCAAAGGAACUCUUCACGUCUGUCUGUAAGUUGACAUAAAUUGCAUCACAUUAUUUCUAUAAUUGAAUAAUACUACUAUGUUUAUGUACUACUGAUACAUGCUAAUUGUGGGUUUAUUUGUACCUAGAAAAUACAAUGUAUGCUAAUGUGUUCCAUGUGAAUAAUCAGUUUGAAUAUUGUAUCAAAAGAAUCAAUUUACAAGCAAUAAAUAGAACAGUUAUGGAAUUGUAAGUGUAAUUGUGGAGUGUUUGUAAAAGAAGCAAUUGAAAACAUAUCCUGUCACUAGAUUUGACAAUAGAUAUAAUUAUUUAUUACAAUAUUCAUAAAGUAGUCACGAAAUAACAUUACUUGUGAAAUCACAAUAAAUUAAGUGAGUAAUAAGUAUAGUUUACCUAAAUUAUAAUAUUAUGUUGUUAAUUAUAUGUAGCUACAAUAUUUAUUAUCGAUCGCAAAGUAUUGUUUACUGCUUUUAUAUUAACGAGCUGUGGCUUCUGCCUAAAAUGCACAAAAAUCACAACAUCCUACACGUAAAACUCACAAACAGUGUAAAACACAAUCCUAUACUUUAUUUUAAAUACUGUGUUGGAAAAUAAACAAUCCCUGUGUCCGUCAAGUGUUCUCGGCUCUAGUUUACUGCGCUGUGCCAGCCGACUCAUUAUUCUAAACUAGACAGGCUCUUUAUAUAAGAUUUCAUCUAUUAUUUUAGUUAUAUGCUUUGUGUUCUGUGACCAAUAAAUUUCAAUUAUUUAUAAUA